AUGAUCGGCGGAGAUGAAUUCAAGGUGCCGAUGUUGCCAAAUAAAAUGGCGCUGGUAAGCACUGGUGGUGAGAACAAAUCGGAACCGCAACGUUGCUCAAAUUUGAAGGCUCCAAUUAUGCUGCUUACUGGCCACGAGGAAGAGAUUUUUGCUGCUCGUUUCAGUACAGAUGGCACUUGCCUUGCAACUGCUGGGUUCGAUCAAAAGAUCUUCUUAUGGAAUGUAUACGGUGAUUGCGAAAAUUUCUCAGUGAUUCGAGGACAUUCUGGCGCGAUCAUGGACAUUCAUUUCAACACAGAUUCCAGCUUGUUAGUAUCUGCUGCCACGGACAAAACUGUCCGACGUAUGGAAAUGUGA